AAGCUUACACUCGACCACCAUGUCCAGCAAAGCGGGCGGGCUCUACGGCGGGAUACAGUUCUCUUCUUCGUCCGCUUUCAUUUCUCAGAAAAUCACACCGGCCACGAAUGAAACCGAAGAAAGGCAAGCACAAGGAGUAUCGACUGCACCCUCGACACACGACCAACCCGAACAAGCCACACCCACUGCUCAAGUAGCCGCUGAAGCCGGCACACCCGCACCCGCAGGGGGCAAAGCUACAGCCGGAUGGUCCGCAGCGCUUGCGUUCGCACCAAUCCGCAGGAAGCCUGCACAGAAGCCCAAGCCUAGCGUGCCCAUCGCUGCAACGAUUGCGUCUGCACUAGAUGCUACUGGUUCCACUCCCACUUCUGCUGCGACUACUUCAUCGCUAUCGUUCACUGCCGUCGUAUCGGCGCCACCCCAGCUCAUUGAUACGUCCGCGACCCCGGAAGCGGAACACCCGAAGCACACGCAGGGAUGGGGCAAGAAGAUCAAGCCGCCGUCUAUGAUCCUGGAUGAAGACGUCAAUGGGUUUAAAAGCGCUCAGCGAGGGAAGGGUGCGGGAGGCGGAGGAAAACGGAAGGGUAAAAAGAACAAGCACGUUGCUCCGGUGGCUGUCUGGGAUCCAGAGGAGCAGUAUGACCCCUUGCGGCCCAACGACUAUCACGAGUACAAGAUGUAUAAGCAGAGGGAGCGAGAGGAAAGACGGGAACGGAUGCUGGAACAGCGUCGUAUGGAGGAUCGGAAGCGCUACAGACGGAGCAGCAGUUACAGUGACAUGGAAGGCAGCGGGUCAGAGGACGAGAGACCUCGAAAGACGGGUCGGUUUGGCGAGGACGUCGAUCGCUGGACACGCGAAGAUGACGAGCCAGCGCGGGGUCUUGGUACCGCUACAAUUUCCGAACCCGUGGUGAUUGAGAAAGACCUGACGGGUGACGAGGCCUACCAGCGGCGCCUGGCCCUGUCUGCUCAAACUGGCGAUGAGGCGUAUCAGCGACGGCUGGCGCUGUCACAGGUGGCAGCAGCAGCACCGGUAUCUGCAACAAUUGUCACGCCGGCGCGAGUUCCUUCGCCGCCGUCGAUUCCUGCGCCUGCUCCGCUUCGGACUCCGUUCGAAGAUACGGACCAGAAUGACGAUGAUUCGAUUCCUGGGUUGCGUCCUUUGCCGCCUACCCCCGCAGCUCCCGUAGCUCAGACAGGCGAGGAGGCGUAUCUGCGCAGGUUAGCGCGCUCUCAGUCGACGAGUCCUGAGCCGACCUCUGGCCCGACAUUGGCGUAUAACCCCUUCGCGCCCCCGUCUGUCCCUCCUCCACCCCCGCCUCAUGGUAGCAUACCCGAAGACCUGAAUGAGAAGAUUAGGAAGGGUAAGGAGGCUGCUGCGGCCAUCGCUGCUAAGCUCAAGGCGCUGGCCCCCGGCCCGGGGUCAAGUGCUAGUCCGGAGCCUUCUGCACCGGACCCUCACGGGUUCGCUGCGCGUCUUAUGGCUAAAUGGGGCCAUAAGGAAGGGCAAGGACUCGGCGCUGACGGCUCUGGCAUCGUCAAUGCCCUUACGGUUGAGCAGGUUUCCCAAGGAAAGGCUGGCAAAGGCAAGGGGAAGGGACCAGCGGCGGGGUCUAAGAUGGGCAGGAUUGUGAAUAACAAUGAGGAUGCGAAAGCGAGGGAAGAUCGCGAGCGGUUUGGGGAGCCGAGCAGGGUCAUUGUGUUGACGAAUAUGGUUGGUCCUGAGGAUGUUGAGGACGAGGGCUUGCGGGAUGAGAUCGGAGAUGAGUGUUCGAAGAACGGGACGGUGGAACGGGUAAUCGUGCACCUGGUUAACCCACCGCCGCCGAACCCUGUGGAUAUGGUCAGGAUUUUUGUGUUGUUUGCUGGGCCAGUCGGGGCUUGGAAGACGGUCAGGGAACUCGAUGGGAGGUACUUUGGGGGACGCCAGGUCAGGGCGAGGUAUUUCCCGGAGAGUAUGUUCGAGCGUUUCGACUUUGAUGCGGAGAUUAUUCCACUGUGAUCCAUUUAUUGACUUGGUUCGCAGUUGUUGUGCUCGCUAUUCUCGUGUUCUUCUCUUGCAUAUUGUUAACAUUGUCGCGUUGGCUAUGUGUAUCCGAAUUUCCCAAAAAAACCAAGACCCUCUAGUGUUC